AGAGCAGGAGGGUCUUCCCUCCCUGGCCUGGCUCCUGCCUCCCGUGCCAGUGCCCGACGGUGAAACGCUGUUGACAUGUCCUGAAUUAUUAAGCACGGGGUGGGCUCCAGAGCACAUGCUGAGCGGAGCGGCUGGGGCUGCGCGGCGUGGCGGAGCAGCGCUUGCUCCCUCGCUCACUCGCUUGCUCGCAGGGACACACGCAGGGGCUGACAGCUGUGCUGGUGCUGAUAAGGGAAGCCACAAGGAGACGAUCGAGGAGAGAGACAAGCGGCAGCAGAGGCAGCAGCGGCAGAGGCAGUGGGGCUGCGGAGCUGCUGGGAGUGGGAGUGACGCCCCCACAUCGGGCCCCCACCCUGUCCCCAUCCUCCUCCUGAUUGCCCUGAGUUUAGAAGAGCAGCCGCUGCCACCACCACCACUCCGGAGGGCACCAGGGCUGCUGUCCAGGGAGGGACAGAGCAGUGAGGCUCUGGCCAGUCCCAGCAGCCGGGGACAGAUGCCGAUCGAGAUUGUGUGCAAAAUCAAAUUUGCUGAGGAGGAUGCAAAACCCAAGGAGAAAGAGGCAGGGGAUGAGCAGAGCCUCCUGGGGGCUGCUCAGGGGCCAGCAGCCCCUCGGGACCUGGCCACCUUUGCCAGCACCAGCACUCUGCAUGGGUUGGGCCGGGCCUGUGCCCCAGGCCCCCAUGGACUGCGCAGAACCCUGUGGGCACUGGCCCUACUCACCUCAUUGGUUGCCUUCCUAUAUCAGGCAGCCAGCUUGGCCAGGGGCUACCUGACCCGGCCUCACCUGGUAGCUGUGGACCCUGCUGCCCCAGCCCCAGUGGCGGGCUUCCCCGCUGUCACCCUCUGCAACAUCAACCGAUUCCGGCAUUCGGCACUCAGCGAUGCUGAUAUCUUCCACCUGGCCAACCUGACAGGGUUGCCCCCCAAAGACCGGGAUGGGCACCGUGCAGCUGGACUUCGCUACCCAGAGCCUGACAUGGUAGACAUCCUCAACCGCACUGGCCACCAGCUUGCUGAUAUGCUCAAGAGCUGCAACUUCAGUGGGCACCACUGCUCCGUCAGCAACUUCUCGGUGGUCUACACUCGCUAUGGGAAGUGUUACACCUUCAAUGCGGAUCCUCAGAGUUCACUGCCCAGCCGGGCAGGUGGCAUGGGUAGUGGCCUGGAGAUCAUGCUAGACAUCCAGCAGGAGGAAUACCUACCCAUAUGGAGGGAGACAAAUGAGACAUCAUUCGAGGCAGGUAUCCGGGUGCAGAUCCACAGCCAGGAGGAGCCUCCCUACAUCCAUCAGCUGGGGUUUGGUGUGUCCCCAGGCUUCCAGACUUUUGUGUCUUGCCAGGAACAGCGGCUAACUUAUCUGCCCCAGCCUUGGGGCAACUGCCGGGCAGAAAGCGAGCUCAGGGAGCCUGAGCUUCAGGGCUACUCAGCCUAUAGUGUGUCUGCUUGCCGACUGCGCUGUGAAAAGGAGGCCGUGCUUCAGCGAUGCCGCUGCCGGAUGGUGCACAUGCCAGGCAAUGAGACCAUCUGCCCGCCAAAUAUCUACAUUGAAUGUGCCGACCACACGCUGGACUCCCUGGGUGGAGGUUCUGAGGGCCCAUGCCUCUGCCCCACACCGUGCAACCUGACUCGCUAUGGCAAAGAGAUCUCCAUGGUCAAGAUCCCCAACAGGGGCUCAGCCAGGUACCUGGCAAGGAAGUACAACCGCAAUGAGACCUACAUACGGGAGAACUUCUUGGUCCUGGAUGUCUUUUUUGAGGCCCUAACUUCUGAAGCCAUGGAACAGCGAGCAGCCUAUGGCCUGCCAGCCCUGCUGGGGGACCUCGGGGGACAGAUGGGUCUGUUCAUUGGGGCUAGCAUCCUCACCUUGCUGGAGAUCCUUGACUACAUCUAUGAGGUCUCCUGGGAUCGACUCAAGAGGGUGUGGCGACGGCCCAAGACCCCACUGCGGACAUCCACUGGGGGCAUCUCCACUUUGGGGUUGCAGGAGCUAAAGGAACAGAGCCCUUGUCUAAGCCGGGGGCGUGCUGAGGGCGGAGGGGCUAGCAGCCUGCUUCCCAACCAUCACCACCCUCACGGCCCACCAGGAAGCCUCUUUGAAGACUUUGCUUGCUAGGACGGUGCUGGGGGGGG